AUGGCAGACAACCACACCACCGACCUGAAGGUCGCCGAGGCCUCCCCAUCCCACGAUCCUGCUCUCACAGAAUCACACUCGCCUCAGCGCAUGUCCGCCAGAGAAUAUGCGGCGACUCGUUUUUCGACCCUAAAGCCGCCUAUGCAUAAGGCUCCCAAUCCAAUCAGACUCCUUAUGAUGCUCACGAGCAAGCAAUGGCUAUUCUUCCUGGUUGGUUUGACGGUUGAGGAGCUUGCUGAGGAAUUUGGCAAGACAAAUACCGAUAUUACCUGGGGCAUGACGCUGGUGCUUAUGUUCCGGUCCGUGGGAUCGAUUACUUUCGGUAUUGCAGCCGAUCGAUACGGCAGAAAAUGGCCUUUCGUCGUCAAUAACUUCUUGUUCAUCGUUUUGGAACUAGGAACCGGUUUUUGUACUACUUACAACCAAUUCCUUGCCUGUCGAGCACUCUUCGGCAUAGCCAUGGGAGGCUUGUACGGAAACGCUGCAGCAACCGCUCUGGAGGAUUGUCCUGAAGAGGCGCGUGGUCUGCUUUCCGGCAUGCUGCAACAAGGUUAUGCGUUUGGAUAUCUUCUAGCAACGGCAUUUGCUCGUGGUCUCGUGGGUACUACUUCCCAUGGAUGGCGUCCACUAUUCUGGUUCGGCGCUUGUCCACCUGUUUUGAUCAUCAUCUUCCGACUGUGUCUCCCGGAAACGGACGCCUACAAGGAGCGUGAAUUGGUACGAAAUGAAAAGGGUAAUAUUGGAGCGACCUUUAUUGCUGAAGGGAAAGUGGCGCUCAAGCGUCACUGGCUGUUGUUAAUUUACUUGGUGCUCUUGAUGGCUGGAUUCAACUUCAUGUCCCACGGCUCCCAAGAUCUCUAUCCCACAAUGUUGAAGAACCAGUACAACUUUAGCGCCAACGCCGUAACCGUCACCCAAGUCGUUGCCAACCUCGGCGCCAUGACUGGUGGAACUGUCGUUGGCUACUGCUCACAAAUAUUCGGCCGAAGAUUCUCCAUCAUAUUCAUCAGCAUCGUCGGUGGCGCCCUGAUCUACCCUUACACAUUUACCUCCAGCAAAGCCGUCAUCGCAGCCGCCUUCUUCGAGCAAUUCUGCGUCCAAGGCGCGUGGGGAGUAAUCCCCAUCCAUCUCAUGGAACUCUCCCCUGGCUCGUUCCGUACUUUCGUAGUUGGUACCUCUUACCAGCUAGGAAAUCUCGUCUCCUCAGCCUCUUCAACCAUCGAAUCCACAAUCGGUGCACGAUUCCCGCUCCCGCCCAAGGGGAAGACGAAUAGAUAUGAGUAUGGCCUUGUCAUGUGCAUCUUCAUGGGCUGCGUAUAUUUCUACGUCAUUGUUUUGACAUUCGUUGGACCAGAGUAUUUGAGAAGGAGUUUUGAAGUGAAGGAUGAUGAAGAUAUUGCUGAGGCCGCCGGACAUAAUACUAUCGAGGCGGCAUUGGCGAAGAUUCAUCGGAGAGAGGCCGCUGGGGUGGCCGUGGACGCAGAGGACAGGAAGAUUGUCGAGGAUGCUGAAAAGGGCACGGUGAGGACGACGGAGCAUGUGUAG